CAAGUGAUCGGGUAGGAAACGCGUCAGGCAGCGGAUAAAGUAAAUAUUGGGCAUUAUGUGCGGAUAAAACUGGUAUCACUAUUGGUCUUGUUGAUGUUAAACCAAUGCAAACGGUGUUUGUGGUGCUGCCUUUGCUCCUGCUCCGGGUAAUCUCUGGCAAGGCCGCAAACGACGCGGGUGCCCGCAUUGUGGGCGGCAGCCCGGUGGACAUUAGCACUGUGCCCUAUUUAAUUAAUCUACGCAUCGGUGGCACCUUCAUUUGUGGCGGAUCCUUGGUCACGUCCUCUCAUGUGGUGACUGCAGCCCACUGCGUCAAAGGCAUCUCCGCUACGAGGUUUGAGGUGGUGGGCGGUGCCACAUUAUUAACGGAUGCGGGUGUGCGUCGCAGCGUGGCCAAGGUUUUCACACCCAAAGCGUAUAAUACGCAAACACUGCACUCAGAUGUCGCCGUGCUGAAGCUUAAAUCUCCCCUAGAGGGUCGCAAUAUUGCAACAAUUAAUCUGUGCAACUCCAACUGGAAGGCUGGUGAACUGAUCAAGGUCUCUGGAUGGGGACAGGUCACAGAGGGCAGCAAAGCCGUCUCACAGCAUGUACGCAGCGUUGACGUGGCGUUGAUCUCCCGCCAGAACUGCAUAAAUCAGUAUAAAUUCCGUGGAACAAUAAGCAACACCAUGUUCUGCGCCUCAAUUCCCGGAGUUAAGGAUUCCUGCGACGGUGACUCUGGAGGACCAGCUGUCUACCAAGGUCAACUGUGCGGCAUUGUCUCUUGGGGCAUCGGCUGUGCACGCCGCAAUUCUCCAGGUGUUUAUACAAGUGUCAAGACUGUUAAAAGCUUUAUCGAUAAGGCUAUAACAUUAUAGACAACAACAUGUCCACAAAAUUUAAUAAUUAUAUGCAUAUAACUAUUUAGAUUUUCUCAACUGAUUUAAAUUUGAUAAUAAA